AUGCAACUCCUCCACACCGUUAGGACGUCCGACGAGGAUGGCGCCUACGUCCUUGACGGCUGCCUCUGCAAUGGCGGCUCCUCCUUAUGCCUCUCCGUCUCCGACCACUCCAUCCGGUGCUACGACGCCCAAACUGCGGGGUUUCUCUUUACGCUUCUAGGACACACCUGCGCCAUCAAAGACGUGACGUCAUCUGCGUCGCAGCCGACGGUUCUGUACUCCUCGCAGGAGGACACGGGGGUGAUGAUCACGGACCUGCGGCAAGUGAAUCCUGCACACUUCCUGAGCGAGUUCUGCGGGGCUGGGGCGACGGGCGGUACAGUAGGAGUGACACCCAAUGGUCAGUUUCUUGGCGUUGCUGUGGACGGCGACACCCACAUCGUGGACACGCGCAUGUGGCAAACGGCGCACGUUAUAGCAAAUAUGCACCUGGACGAGAUCACUCGGCUCCGUUUUCUUGACGACACGGUGUACUGCUCUGCGGGGGAGGACCAAAUGAUCAACUUUAUUGAUUCCUCCGCAGCGGUGAAGGAAAACAACAUGCUUCUGCAGGCGAUCUCCUGCGGGGAGGUAGUGACGAAGAUGACGGCGUUUCCUGAACAUGGCGCCUUGGGACUCGUUGGCUCCUGCGAAAACGCCUACCUCUGCCCCUUUGACCUGCAGGAGCGGGAGGUGCGCUACCCACGCCCUGAUCACGCAACGUACCUUGUGGACAUGUGCGUUCUCAACGGGCAGAUCCAUCUCGUGCGCGGGGUGAGAGAUGAGGAAGGGAACGCCGGGCCACUUUUUCUCAUGAAUUGGGACACGCGCGACGUCGUGCAGUUGGCACCUGUACACAAGGAGAUCUGCCGUAUUGCCAUUGGCAUCGGGGACCGCCUCAUCACUGGUGGUGAGGACAGUCUUGUGGCCUUCUGGCGCACAGCAGACGCUGCGACUGCCUUACCCACGACGGCGCCUACGGACGCUGCUGCGUCGUGGCGGGGCAUGGUGAGGUCGCGUCACCACGUGACGAGGCCACUGCGGUCAAUGCCGUACGCUAAAGGAGUCGAUUAA